CAAGAGAAAUCCCUUCUUUAAUUUGCGAUGCAAUUCACCUUGAAGUUCUACAAGUUCUAGACCUGUCUUAUAACAACUUAAGUGGCAUUAUUCCUAAGUGUUUGGUAAAGUCUAUUGCCCUCUCGGUGUUGGAUUUACGAAUGAAUAGCCUUCAUGGUACCAUCCCUGCAACCUUUGCCAUAGGAAAUAACAUUAGGAGUAUUAACCUUAAUGGCAAUCAAUUGGAAGGGCCAUUGCCACGAUCUUUAGCAAAUUGUACAUACUUGGAAGUUCUAGAUCUUGGAAACAAUAAGAUAAAUGGAGUCUUCCCUUAUUGGUUGGGAAGUCUUCAGAAUUUGCAAGUUCUUGUCCUAAGAUCAAACAAAUUUCAAGGUCGUAUAGGCAAUCCUAAAACCAAAUUUGCUUUCCCAAAUUUGAGAAUCAUAGACAUCUCUAACAAUCGGUUUAAUGGUCCUUUGCCAAAAAAAUAUUUCGAAUAUUUGAAAGCCAUGAUGAAUGUGGAAGAAAGAGAAGUUGCAUUGAAAUAUAUGGGAAACAAUUAUUAUCAAGAUUCAUUGAAUAUCAUGAUAAAAGGGCAGUAUAUUGAGAUGAAGAGAGUCUUAACCAUCUUAACAAGCAUUGAUUUUUCAAAUAAUAGUUUCAGAGGAGAGAUGCCAAAGAUAAUUGGAAGCCUUAAAUCACUAAAAGGACUCAACUUUUCUUACAAUAACCUUAUAGGUUAUAUUCCAUCAUCAUUUGGAAAUUUGACCAAUCUUGAAUGGUUAGACCUCUCUUUUAACAAGCUCGGUGGGGAGAUUCCUAGUCAAUUAGCAGAUCUAACAUCACUUGAAGUUUUAAACCUAUCACAUAACCAACUCACGGGACAUAUACCUUCAGGAAAUCAAUUCAAUACAUUCAACAAUGAUUCAUACACUGAAAACUUGGGAUUGUGUGGGUUUCCAUUGUCAAGAACAUGUGACAACCAAGAGGCAAAGCAACCACCCCCACCGACCAUGCAACAAGAUGAAAAUGGGUUUGGUUGGCGAGCAGUAUCCAUAGGUUAUGCAUGUGGAACAAUAUUUGGAAUGUUUAUGGGAUAUCUUGUGUUUAAAAUUGGGAAACCAAAGUGGCUUGUGAGGAAGGUCAAAUUAGAGCAGCAUAUCAUGCUCAGAAGAUUGAAGAACAAUGCCCACAAAUGUGGUGGAAGAAGAUAACUAUUUCUAAGGAUAUUAUGCGGCAAAUGGGGCUCGAAUCCUUGUAUCCUAUUUAAGAAGAUAUAAUAUGGCUAUGAUGA